AUGGAUUGCGGAGCAGGCAAAGAUUAUUUGGAUGAAGUGACAGGGAUUCGGUCCAAGACAGAAGAGGGCUUCAUUGAAAGCGGAACCAAUCACGGACUAGCCCCCAACAUUAACUUCAACAAUUGUGCUCCAACCAUAAACCGGCAACUAAUGACCGUGAGAAGUUUUGUGGAGAGAGAAAGAAACUGUUACGCUCUAAAACCAAAGCAACAGAAUAAUCAGAAGUAUUUGAUCAGAGCCAUAUUUGCAUAUGGCAAUUAUGACCUGAGAAACCAAGCUCCAGUGUUCGAUCUUUACCUGGGGAUCAAUUAUUGGACCACGGUUCGAACAUUUCCUAAUGGUCCCCAAAUCUUUCCAACUGAGAUAAUAAUGCAGCAGGAUGGCACUAGAGAGAUGGUUCAAGUGUGUUUGGUGAACACAGAACAAGGGACACCUUUCAUCAACGCUUUGGAUUUGAGACCAUUGAGCAACUCUCUCUAUCUGGCUCCGCUUCCCCUUAUUGUGGAUUUCACUUUUCCUGUAAGAAUGGACUUGGGCUCUGGGCUCAUGCCCACUGAUACCAGAUACAAAGACGAUGUGUACGAUCGCCUAUGGUGGAACAAUGAUAAUACCGAUUGGGAUCUCUUAAAAACAAGAGAAGAAGCAAAGGUAGAGGAUUCCCUUUAUGAACUGCCGCGGGAAGCAUUGCGCACCGCAUCACAACCCCAGAAUCAUUCCACUCUCUUAACUGCAAAUUUCAGUUAUUGGAGAUAUGGUGAUAAGUCCGCCCAAUAUUAUAUGUUCCUUCACUUUGCUGAAAUUGAAAAGCCUCCUGCUGGCCACAAGAGGAUCAUUAAUGUCACUUUUGAUGAUGAUGAAAACUCCCUCUCUCAUGAACUUACCCUUCGAUACUUGAAGCCUAUUACCCUAAUUUCCAACAAGGUCACCAAAGGUCAUAUAAACUUCACUAUCAAAGCAGCAACUAAUUCAUAUGCUCCUCCUAUCCUAAAUGCAUUUGAAAUUUAUAAAGUGACUAAAGAACGAACCCCAUAUCAGAACAGUGAAGGAGUCGAUGGGAGAAUCAGAGAAGUACCGAGGACGGUGACAAUGGUAGACUUGAAAGGAGGUGGGAGAGAACAAUGA